CGGCAGCCUAAUACCACAAAGUUGUGGCUCAUUCACGAUAGCAGUAGGUUUCACGGGUUUAAGCGCAUGACCAGCUGAAGUGCGCGGGUACCUUAUCGCACGCCAUUUUGUUGUUUGCCGGAGUGCUCGGCGGCGACAGCGGCGACCCAAGGCUGCCAAGGGCGACCUGCGACCCUGCGAUGAGAACUUUUCACCUGCCUAAGUUUGGGCGCGAAUUUAGAAGUGAAAGCAGUGAAAACGAGCUUAUCUUUUGCAUCUUUUUAUGGUUCAGUUACUAUCUCACACGUACGAACGCGUUGCCUAGUUACCGAUUUGUUUGAGUUUUGGUUUCGCAUGCCGUGCUCGGAAAGUGCGUAGACGAAUGUUCAAAAACUGACCAGCGGUCCCAGUGAUGACACAGAUUUCUGAAAGCCACUGGCUUCCAGCCCACCACGAUAGUUAUGCAACGUUAUACACUUUUUCAUCAUGUAUCUGUACUGCUGACUUGUACGGUGAUGGAGAUUACAGACUGCUUGUUGCAGACUUGGGAACUACAACACAUGGCAUGAAAUUAAAAGUAUUUAAAGGACCGAGUCUUCAAUCUGAACACACACUGGUGGACCUUCCAACUGCUGUCGUCGCUUUCCACAUGGACACGUGCGGACCAAAGGCACCGGCUGUAGCAGUGGCAUCGGGACCAUGUAUAUACGUCUACAAGAACAUGAGACCAUUCUACAAAUUCACAUUGCCAACCCUACCUGUUCAUAAUGCAGAGUUGGAAGCCUGGGCACAAGUCAAGCAGGGCAAUGUUGAUGUCCUAGCACUCAGGGAAGCUUUAGAGGCAAUCAGGUCUGAAACAGGCCUAUCCAAUUUAACUGCCCGAUCACAAAGAUACCUCAUGCUGGAUGAAGAUGAACUGGAAUGCUUUAUUGCUCUACAUAGAGAGUUACCACUCAAAAAACAGACUGUAGUGACCACUCUGAGCACACUAAAGAAAUCCAUGUCCGAAGAGGAUGCGCUCAGCUGCCUUGUACUAGGAACAGAAAACAUGAACAUAUACGUGUUGGAGCCGGAUGCUUUCACCAUUUUGGCCGCUAUGACAGUUCCAAGUGUACCCAGUUUCAUGGAUGUUGCUGGCCUUUUCGAUGUGGAGUUUCACAUUGUGACUGCUUGCAGAGAUAGCUGUAUUUAUCUAAUCAAAAGAGGCCAGAAAGCAGGAAAGCUCUGCGUCGAACUUGGAUGCCAUGCCGUUGAUCUUCGUGACCUUGGAGGCAAUAUUGUUGUUGCCUGUAUGGAUGACACCCUGAGGUGUUACUCACUCAAGGGCAAGUGUCUCUGGAAAGUGGUCCUGCAGGGACAGGUGGUAGCAAUGGAUGCCUUUGCCAUCCGUCAUUUAGGGCUAUCUCUCGUGGCUGUCACUUUGUCAACAUGCGAUGUUCAAAUGUACCAUGACAGUACUCUCAUAGACACCAUCAAGACUGACGAUGUGAUAGGAGCCAUUAAGUUCGGACGUUUUGGUCGCGAGGAGAACGCACUCGUCAUGAUUGGUAGAGGCGGAGGACUCAGUAUAAAGAUACUAAAGCGAAAUGCUCGGCUUAAGGCAAGUGAAGGUGCCUCCGCAACAGCCCAGCAAGUAGCUAAGUGGAGCAUACCAAAGAAAACAAAGCUCUUUGUUGACCAGACCAUGCGUGAACGUCAGCAGUUUGUGUCUAUUCACCACACAUUCCAGCAGGACCUGCAACGCCUACGCCUUAUUGCGGCUCGGAGCUUUGUGCAGGCGCUCGGUUCCAGCGCACAGCCAAUAUCGUCCAGCAGCAUAGACAGAAUCAAGCUUUCGGCACAGGUGCAAGGCUUGGGACCCACUUUCAUGCUGCGCAUUCAGAUUCAGAACACAUCAUCUAAGGAAACCUCGAAAAAUCUUUUUCUGGUGCUCAACUGUAACUCCAAAAUUUAUUCGGUUCAGCGGUCUUAUAUCCAGGUUCCCUUCUUGGUACCCGGCCUCAUGUACGAAUUCGAUACACAAGUUAGAUGUGUGAGUGAAAGCAACAUCGCAGAUAUAAUCAAGGUCUUUGUUGCUCACGUGGGAAACCCCGUUCCUAUCGUUACCGCACUGGUACAGAUGCCAAUGGUUGACGUGAUAUAAAAAAAUGUGACAAUAAAAUAUACUUGAGCAGCCA